UAAAAGUUCAUUGUAGUUAGAAGCAGCAAUAAGAGCAAGCCAUUCAUUUCUUUUUAAUAGAUAACAAUGCUUCAAACAGUACUUAGACUUGCUUAUGUAUAUCUGAAAUAAAAUAACUAGGUGAGCAGUUUGCAUGAUGCUAAUUGGUGGGCUAUAAAUGUUCAUUACUUGUGAGCUACAUAACCUUGUAGGUCCAGUACAGCUUUUGGAUGGCAAGCAUAUCUUGGCUGAUCAGUACAUUUUAAGUAAAGGGAAAGUUGUGCAAAUGUGAUUUUUUUUUUUGGCCAGGCUUUCACUUAAAGGGUGCUGAUGGAGGGUUCUGUAAGCUGUGUAAGUAUUUUAAGUAGCCACAUGAUUCCAAGUAGUGCCAGUAUUUAGCUCUCAGUAACAUGGAGUGCAAACUAGACAGUCCUUGUCCUGAGACCUUACGAUGUGAGUCCUCCGAAGUUGUAAAAACUGUGUCAGAUUUGUGGAUAGACUUCAGUACAGUAAAGACUGGCUUGCUUGCAGUGAUUUGUUUCCUUCUCUACAGACUAUCACAAGCAUUGAUAAGAUGGCCACGUUUCUUAUUCUCUCUCACAGGGCUGUCCUUCCUGUGGGCCCUGCUGAGUCAUCUUGUGUAUGUGGCCCGUGGUUUAUUCAGAGUACUCAAAUGGUCAACACACCUGUGGAGCUUUUUUGGUGUCCUGUUGUCCCUGUUCUCCAAAAUUAGCUGGGUGCCUGAUGCCUUCACCACUGCCACAGGGUCUUUUACAAAUAUAAAGCAGUACUAUGAAGGUAUGACCAGACUACCCAAGCAUAUUAUGGGGUUCUCUAAAACUGUUGCCUCCAGUGCAGAACAUUCACGCAUUUCCAUGUCUUUUAGAGCUCACAUCAGGGACCCAGAGCUUCGAUUAGUUCUUCUGGGCCCAAGUAGGGCAGUAUGCAGCUGUCUGAGAGACAGUCUGCUGGGGAUCAGUGCAGGAGCCUUUAUCCCUGAUAAGGAGAGCACUACCUGGAGAGCAAAAGUAGAUAGCAGAGAGGUGACAGUUGUUGAAACUCCCGAUCUCCUUGGUCCCACUCUUGGUGUAAGACAGCGAGCCCAAGAAACGUUAAGAAGCCUCCAGUUGGCCUCACCAGGCCCUCACGCCUUUCUGCUUGUGCUUCCAACCACUUACUUGGACAAAGUUUACCAAACAAGUGCACAUGACUUCUUGUCGAAGUUGCUAAGUUUAGUUGGUGAAGAGGCAGCUAGCUACGUGCUGGUGGUUUUUGCUUGUGUAAACCCACGAGGUGCCUACUCUUCUCUUGACCAGCUGUUGGAAGACGACUACUUAGGAAUAAAAGCCGCUCUACCUGUGUGUGGUAAAAGAGUUGAAUUGGUUAACAUCAGUCCAGGCCGCUCAAUGGACAGCAGAAUGGUUGAAGGCCGUAGGCUGCUGGACAGGGUAGUGGAUAUGAGAGCCCAACAGGGUCACUACCUUCACAAGUUCCUGCAACGGGAAGAUGAAGUCCGGACGCAUCUGCUAAACAACAUGGCUGUUCUGCUAGCUCAGAAACUGGAAGAUAUGAGAAAAUAGUCUGGGGAUGGGAACCAAAUAGAUUGCUGUUGUUCAUUAAUGAUAUGAUGCAUGUUCUGAACAUAUGCAGUUUUGUCUUCUAGGGCUGUAUAUACUAUACAGUUCAUUAGUCAUUAUCAUGAUAUAGCCAUGCAAACUUUACAAUGCAAAAUAUUUUUAUGAGAUGGCUGAACGUAACAUACAUAAAAUUUGUGAAGUGUGUGGCUAUAAACUUGGUGUAGAGCUGUGGUGUGGUGCCUCUCUUUUUGUUGUUGUUAGCUGUGUAGCCUUUAGCCUACCUGCCAGAGGUGUCAAAUUC